AUGAGUGAGAUUCUUAGUGAGGAACACAACACACGAUGGGAUGCAAGCCAUUACCAUGUUAGCUUACGUAAAACUCUCGGUGGCAAUACUGGUGAUGAUGAUGAGAUUGAGCUGGCCACAAGCGGACUUGAGAUUCCUAUGGAUGGGGGCACUUUGAUCGGGCCAUUGUUAUCCCGCAUCCGGGCCCUAAUUGUUCAUAUCCGAAAGUUGCCUGGCACAAAACUUUAUUUGAGAGAAUGUUGUGCCAAGGCUAUUAUGCAUUUCAUUGAACAUGCUGACCGCAAAGACUCCGUACCAAAGGCAAAGGGUCGUACACCUAAAUACAGUGCAUGGGUGUUCAGCGAUAAUGAUUGGAAUAUGAUGGAAAUAAUCAGAGACGUGCUCAAGCAACUCUUGGUUGCGGGUCAUGCCCAACAAUCAUUCUCCGGGACUUCGAAGGCUUCAAGUGCUCCAUACUUACUCUCAGUCUAUGAGGGGCUGAUUACAACUUGGGAGGGGAUGUGA